GAGAGAGAGAGGAAUGGUAAAGGAGGAAAACUCCGCUUUUUUUUUUCUUAUUGUUAUUCUCUCUCUCUCUCUCUCACUUUUUGUUUCUCUCUUUCGUUAUUAUACAUUAGACAUCAAUGGGUAAUUCUAUUUCAAAGAGCAAGAAAAAGUCAAGUGGUAAAGGAAAGAAACGUCAGGUAUCUAAGCAACCCCAAGCACCACUACCACGUUUAGAGGUGACACCUGUAGAUAACGAACAUAGUGUGAAUACAACGCAAUCCGUCAGUUCCAUCUUGAUUACCUCUUCGCAACAUGCCAAGAACAACAAUAAUAAUAACGCUUCAGCUCUUUCUCAAUUAAACCCAGAUUACCCCAUUAAAAAGUCCUCGGACGAGUAUAAUGAGCAAGAUACAGUGGGACCCCAAGACGCUUUUGGAGGCAAAGUAGAUAACCCACAACAACACAAAUUAUUAGCUCAAUCCGAUUUUUGGCCGCCUAAAAAAUCACCUGCCAAUAACAAUCAUUCGUUGGAUGUGGAAAAUGUAGACCAGAAUCAAUUGACGGUAUCUUCCAUGAACCAGUUAACCGUCAACUCGGUUGUUAGUAUGAAUAUGGGGGUAUUACCCAUCGAUGACUAUAUCAAGCGGUUAUUGGAUGCAGGGUAUGCCUCUAAAGUGUCUAAACAGUUGUGUUUAAAGGGAUCUGAGGUGAAUUCCAUCUGUCGUGCCGCCAUGGAUAUAUUUCUUGGUCAACCAUCCUUACUUGAACUUUCUGCUCCUGUCAAAAUAGUAGGUGAUACACAUGGUCAGUAUACGGAUUUAAUUCGAUUAUUUGAAAUGGGUGGAUUCCCACCCAGCUCCAAUUACUUGUUUUUGGGCGAUUAUGUGGAUCGUGGUAAACAAAGCCUGGAAAACUUUUUGUUGUUACUGUGUUACAAGAUUAAAUUUCCAGAAAAUUUCUUUAUCCUGCGUGGAAAUCACGAGUCUGCCAAUGUGACAAAAGUGUAUGGAUUUUAUGAUGAAUGCAAGCGAAGACUGAGUCCAAAAAUGUGGAGAAGUUUUGUAGAUGUGUUCAAUACAUUACCGAUCGCCGGAUUAGUAGCGGGUAAGAUCUUUUGCGUUCAUGGAGGUCUCUCCCCCUCGUUGCAUAGUAUGGACGAUAUUCGCAAUAUCCAGAGACCGACCGAUGUACCCGAUUAUGGCUUAUUGAACGAUUUACUCUGGGCUGACCCUGCAGAUAUUAACGUUGAUUGGGAAGAUAAUGAAAGAGGGGUAUCCUACUGCUUUGGUAAGAAGGUAAUCAAUGAAUUUUUAGCCAAAUUCGAUCUCGAUCUUGUAUGCAGAGCUCACAUGGUUGUUGAAGAUGGCUAUCAAUUCUUUAACGAUAGAACCUUGGUAACGGUCUUUAGUGCUCCUAAUUAUUGUGGUGAAUUUGAUAACUUUGGUGCCAUCAUGAGUGUAUCUGAAGAACUCUUGUGUAGUUUUGAAUUGUUAACUCCAUCCGAUCACCCACUUGCUAAACGAUAAAAUACCCUUUGCAACCCCCCCUUCUCUCUAUGCUUGUCUAAAAAAAGAAGCAACCCCAUCCCCACCCCCACAAUUCUGUUGUCAAAUAAAGUAAAAUGUCAAAAAA